UCGGAAGGGGCCUUGAUUUUUCGCGGGCCGUGCUUCAUCAUUCUUCAAGUGCGUUACUGUGUUUCAUGAAAAACCCUAGACUGAGUUUUUAGAUUUUAGAAAGGGUUAAAGCUUGGAGCUUUGAGAGAUGAUCCGUUUCGCGAAGUUGAAAUCUCUGGUGCCAUCUGCAGAUUCCGGCAGCUACCAUUUGCUUCAAAGGUGCUGGGUGAGUGGUACUGCCAAAGGAAAAUCAAAAAUCAAAGCUGGGCAACAGCUGAAGCGCUCCAAAAUCACCAUCAAGAAAGGCGGAGCCGCCUCUUCCAAGGGUGGAGGAGGAGGAGGAGGAAGAAAAAUCUCUCUCGAACAGGAAAAGCUCUAUGACCAAUGUCUAAAUGCUCCUACGCCUUUGCGGUUCCUGAAGCCCAAAGACAGAGAACGCGAGGCCGAGCGGGAGAAGCUGGGGCUCAUCAGCAAAGAGCGCCAACGCGAGAUUGAGAUGAUGAAGAUGGAUAAAUCGAAAUUGGGCGUCUCUGAUUCUCCAUCGAUCAUUGGAACUAUGGGAUUGGAUCUGAUAACGCUAGGUGUGGUCGAUGCAGAUAAGAUCCCGAAGUACGAAUUGACUGUGGAAGAUGGGCGGCGGCUUGCAAAGGAAUACAGUCGGGUGUUGAUGAGGCGGCACCGUGCAAGGCAGGCAGCUGAAUCGACGCUGUUGCAGAUGAAGAAAGAUGCUAUUGAAGCAUUGCCAGAGCAUUUGAAAGCUGCCGCAUUGGUCCCAGAUUUGACUCCGUUCCCAGCGAACCGAUUCAUGGCGACAUUGACGCCUCCAAUAGAAGGCUAUAUUGAAAAGAUCAAUGAAGCAGCGAAGAGGAGUAGCGGGAAAGAGAAGCUUAGAUGAUCAGAGAGAUUACAAUUGGAGCAGUAGAUGAAAACCAAGUUUGUGGUUGCAUUUCCAGAAAGCCACGAAGCAUUGGAUGCCUGGUACAAUAAAAUCUCCUGAGUUUUUGACUCCUGCAACUCCAAGGCUCUUUGAUCCAAAUUCUUGAAGAAAGAUGCUUCCUUUAUUGUUAUUAAUUUUUGGGGGGUUUUGGUUUUAUGUUUCUGGACCGAUUUCGUAGGCUUUACGUAGAAAUAAGUUUUAAAAAUAUCACAAUUUGGAAUAGUAGUAGCUGUUGACUAUUGUCGGACAAAUUGUUUGGAAAAUAACUUUAAAAUGGUAAUAUUACCUAUUUCUUCGUUUACUGUA